GUAAAGAGGUGGGGAGAGGGGUUCUGUGCCUCAUCGAAAGAGGGGAAUCUUCUUGGACCGGCCCUGGCCCCACAUGUCCACAGGUCAGCAAUCAGCGCACCUCGGGCCAGGGCUCCCAACCGGGAGGCUGGACUUGGACCUUCUCUGCCUCGGUGUUCCAUUACCCCCACCCACUGCAUGUGGCUCUUGGAGAAAGCCGGUUAUAGGGUGCGGACCGCAGAGGCCCAGGCGCUGCAGGCGCAUCCCAGCGUGGUUCCCAAGCGCCAGGCCUCGCCCUCGCGCUGCAACCCUAACGUCCUCACCCCAGAUCGCAUCCCGCAGUUCUUCAUACCACCUCGGCUCCGGGGCCCAAGCGGCGCCGAAGCUAGGGUGGAUCGCAACCCAAGCGGCCGGAACCUCCCGGUGGCCUGCUCGCUGCCGCAUCUGGCGGGCCGCGAGGGCUGGGCCUUCCUGCCCGAGAGCCCGCACACGCGCCGCCGCGAGUCCUUGUUCCACGGGCCGCACGGCCUGGCUGCAGGCCUGCCCCCGGCGCAGUCCCGGCUGCACGUCUCGGCCCCCGACCUCCGCCUCUGCCGGGCCCCAGACAGCGACACGGCCUCGUCGCCGGACUCCUCGCCCUGUGCCUCCCCGCGCACGCCCAGGCCGCAGUCCCUGUCCCCCGACGAGGCCAGCUCGAUGGACACCAGUCCGUACGCGCCGCGCCGCGCGCCGCCGCUCUUCCACCUGGACUUCCUCUGCUGCCAGCUGCGGCCGACCAAGGACAGCGUCCUGCGCCUGGGGCCCCGCGGCGGGCAGCUGCGCCUGUCCACCGAGUACCAGGCGGGGCCCGGGCGGCUGCGGCUGCGCCUGGUGAGCGCCGAGGGGCUGCCUCGGCCGCGGACCCGCCCCGGGAGCGGCGGCGGUGGCUGUUGCGUGGUGCUGCGACUGCAGCCGCGCGUUAGGCCCGGAGCUCAGCGGAGCCGAGUAGUUCAGGGCAGCUGCAACCCUAUCUUCAACGAAGAUUUCUUCUUCGAAGGGCUGCACCCGCCGGAUCUAGCCGCCCGCAGUCUGAGAGCCAAGGUGCUGGACAGGGGCGCCGGGCUGCGCAGAGACGUGCUGCUGGGGGAGUGUGAGACGCCCCUCAUCACCCUGCUGCCCCCACUGGCUGGAGGUCUAGGCCCUGGGUCCUCCCUGGCACCUGCGCAUCUCAGUCUGUAGAGUGACACCACAGCUUUCUAGGGAGGUCUCCACUGGGUCUGCAGCCUUCAUUCUUGCUACCUGCCCAGCAUGCAUUUAUUUUUGUUAAUAAAACAUCAAUUUGUCUCUA